AAAAAAAAGAAAAAGAAAAAAGGAGAAAAAUCGAGGAACGGAAGAAGCAGACGCGCGGCUGUAAGCGGUGGAGAGACAUGCAACGUGGAACAAUGCGCAAUUGGCCAAUUUCGGAUCGAUGUGUCCGAUGAAUAUGGGGAACUUUUUGAUAUUUUUCGGGAAAAAUGAAUUUAACUCAAUGAAUAUAUACUUGAAAGAGAAACAACAGCUUAUUGGUAUUUCCUCGAAUCAAAAUUGAAUAAUCGGGAUAUCAGAAUAUCCAGUGGCCAUGCCAGCUCUGCGCUCCCCGCACCGCCCUUUCGUUUCUAAGUUCAAAGGUUUAAGGCAGUUGCUGGGAACAUUAUUGGCUGAUCCUACUGAAUCAAUUACUAGAAACGUAAAAACUGGUUGGAGGCCUAGAUUCAUAUCUUCUCUUGGAUCACUCAAGCUUGUGCAAAGAACUCUCCGUAUAUCACCUUCUGGGGCCUCAAUGGAAAACAAAGAACUACCUUCAAAUUUUUUGAGAGACAAAAAGAUGGUUCCUGAUUCAGAUCCUCCAAGAGUUGAAGAUAUUGAGCGUUUGUAUCAAUUCUUUGAUAGAAGCUCAAAGCUUGUUGUCUUGACUGGAGCUGGGAUAAGCACAGAAAGUGGAAUUCCUGAUUACAGAAGCCCAAAUGGAGCUUAUAGUACGGGUUUCCGUCCAAUUACUCAUCAGGAAUUUCUUCGUUCCAAUCGGGCCCGAAGACGGUAUUGGGCUAGGAGCUAUGCUGGAUGGAGAAGAUUUACUGCAGCACAACCGGGGCCAGGGCAUAUUGCAUUAGCUUCUCUUGAGAAAGCUGGGCGUAUAAACUUUAUGAUGACCCAAAAUGUAGAUCGGCUGCACCAUCGUGCUGGCAGCAACCCUCUUGAGCUGCAUGGGACUGUCUAUGUAGUUGCUUGUACAGAUUGUGGUUUUUCUCUUCCUCGAAAUUCAUUUCAGGAUCAAGUGAAGGCUCUUAAUCCAAAGUGGGCAGAGGCCAUUGAAACUCUAGAUUAUGACAGCCGUUCAGACAAGAGCUUUGGAAUGAAGCAAAGGCCUGAUGGUGAUAUUGAGAUUGAUGAGAAGUUCUGGGAGGAAGAAUUCCAUAUUCCUAAUUGCCAGAGAUGUAACGGAAUACUGAAACCUGAUGUUGUCUUUUUUGGUGAUAAUGUCCCCAAGGGUAGGGUUGAUAGAACAAUGGAAGCUGCAAAAGAAUGCGAUGCUUUUCUCGUACUUGGUUCAUCAUUAAUGACCAUGUCUGCUUUCCGGCUCAUCCGGGCUGCUCAUGAGGCUGGUGCUGCUACUGCAAUUGUAAAUAUUGGUGUGACACGAGCUGAUGAUUUUGUUCCUCUGAAAAUCAGUGCUAAACUUGGCGAGAUAUUACCGAGAUUGCUUUCAGUUGGAUCCCUUAGUGUCCCUCUUGUUUAGUGCAUGUGGGUAGGUUACGGGCAUCUUGUGGAUGUCUCUUUGUAGACAUUGAAGUUAAAGCAUCAUGUUUUCCAUGGAAAGUUGUGAAUGUGAUAUAUAUAUAUAUAUAUGUACUAUUCUUUUUACAGGACUAUAUUCCAUGCCUUGCAAUAAGGCAAGAAUAUUCUUUCCCGGCAGAAUUAAUCAGGCAGCCAAAAUUGUAAGACGAUUCAGAAUAAGCCACCAUUAAUGUCACAUGCUUUGGAAUGCCUCGAUGUUUAGUUAUUCAGAAUUGUAAACUCUCAUUUCGUUCUGGGAUCAGUGAAUUAGAGCUGCUGGGUAAAUUGUUGGAUGUUGGUCGAUAAUUGUACUUAUCAGUUUCUUUCAAGUUGCUUUCUAAGUGAUCAGCAUCAGAAUAGAAUACUAGGUCCUCCAGCCAGCACCGGACAUAGUUCGCUACUCUGUGUAUGUACAAGUAGUUGAAAAUCUGUACCUACGUUUGAUUAUCAUGGUGUGGCUUGUCCUAACAAUAACGUUGAAAAAUACUGUUAAUUUUAGGUCGGUGCUGAAAAUUUGGCAUCCUGGUGGUCUAUUUUGGUAGGUUGAUAUCAAAUAGUUUUAGUUUCUUGAAUCUCGGCCAUGUUGUAUGGAACAUGAGAAUCACUUAACCAGUGAAAAUUACAUUUUUGGACCGUAUAUGAAGCUGUAGGAGGAGCGUUAGGAACAAGCAGACUUGUUGAAAAUUUCUUUUUCUUGUAUUUUUAUAUUGUCAGAGUCAAUAAUUUUAUACGAGGAAUUAUUUACAGUAGA